AUGGCUCCAGUGCUCUCAUUCAUCGUCGGCUCGUUGUUGGCCAUGCAGGCCUUCGCCGAGCCGUUUGAGAAGCUUUUCGAGGUUCCGGAGGCAGGAUGGAAGCUUCAGGGCCCGGCAUCGGAUGCGCACACGCUCAAGCUCCAGAUCGCGCUCCAGCAAGGCGAUACCGCAGGCUUUGAGCAGACCGUCAUGGACAUCUCCACCCCCUCGAACGCAAAGUACGGACAGCACUUUGAGUCGCACGAGGAGAUGAAGCGCAUGCUCAUGCCCAGCGAGGAGACCGUUUCCUCGGUCUCUGCCUGGCUCAAGGCCGCCGGUAUCGAGAAUUUCGAGACUGAUGCCGACUGGGUAACCUUCAAGACCACCGUCGGUGUUGCCAACGAGCUCCUCGGAACCAAGUUUUCCUGGUUCGUCAGCGAGGAGAGCACGCCUCGCAAGGUUCUCCGCACGCUCGAGUACUCCGUUCCAGAUGAGAUUGCCGGGCACAUCAACCUCGUUCAACCGACCACUCGUUUCGCUGCUAUCCGCGCGAACCACGAGACUGAGCGCGAGAUCUUCAGCAUCCAGCUCGCUUCUUCUCCCAACGUCACUGUUAACUGUGAUGCUUCUAUCACUCCCCAGUGCUUGAAGCAGCUCUACAAGAUUGACUACACUCCCGACCCCAAGAGCGGCAGCAAGGCAGCAUUUGCUUCCUACCUCGAGGAGUACGCGCGCUACAGCGACCUUGCCCUCUUUGAGAAGAAUAUCCUGCCCGAGGCUGUGGGUCAGAACUUUUCUGUUGUCCAAUUCAACGGCGGUUUGAACGAUCAAACCUCUGCCGACGACAGUGGCGAGGCCAACCUGGAUUUGCAGUACAUGCUUGGUCUUGCCCAGCCCCUGCCUGUUACUGAAUACAGCACUGGUGGACGCGGCCCGUGGGUCGCUGAUCUCGACCAGCCCGAUGAGGCGGACAGCGCCAACGAGCCCUACCUUGAGUUCCUCCAGAGCGUGCUCAAGCUCCCGCAGAAGGACCUUCCCCAGGUCAUCUCGACCUCGUACGGCGAGAACGAGCAGAGCGUACCCAAGUCGUACGCUCUCAGCGUCUGCAACUUGUUCGCUCAGCUCGGCAGCCGCGGUGUCUCGGUCAUUUUCUCGUCCGGUGACUCUGGUACUGGCUCUGCCUGCCUUUCCAACGACGGCAAGAACACUACCAAGUUCCAGCCCCAGUACCCCGCUGCCUGCCCCUUUGUCACCUCGGUCGGCUCGACCCGCUACCUCAAUGAGACUGCUACUUUCUUCUCCUCCGGCGGCUUCUCCGACUACUGGAAGCGUCCCAGCUACCAGGACGAUGCUGUCAAGGCCUACUUCCACAAGCUCGGCGAAAAGAACAAGCCCUACUUCAACCGUCACGGUCGCGGUUUCCCCGACGUCUCGGCCCAGGGUUUCGGUUACAGGGUUUACGAUAAGGGUUCUCUCAAGGGAUACCAGGGUACCUCCUGCUCCGCUCCUGCUUUCGGUGGUAUCGUCGCCCUCCUCAAUGACGCACGUCUGAGGGCCAAGAAGCCUGCUCUUGGUUUCUUGAACCCCCUGCUGUACUCCAACCCUGAUGCGCUCAACGACAUUGUUCUUGGUGGUAGCACUGGCUGUGACGGCCACGCACGAUUCCACGGCGCACCUAAUGGUAGCCCUGUCAUCCCAUAUGCCAGCUGGAACGCUACUGCGGGAUGGGACCCGGUUUCCGGAUUGGGCACUCCCAACUUCCCCAAGUUGCUCAAGGCUGCGAUGCCUGCUAGGUACAAGGCCUAG